AUGUUUUAUUCCGCAGUGCCACGAGUGCCGCUGGCUUUAAUAGCCCUUAUCAGUUGGUUAUGCCAUAUCUCACCAGCGAUGAUUAUUCCUGCAUUGCGGAAUGAACAUCCUGAAAAUGUUCCGGAUAAGAUGGCCAUCGGGAAAGAACCGAUUGAUAACAAUUCUGAUAGAAUGUCACCAACAGGCGGAACAUUUAAUCAGUAUUUGGGUAAUAACAUACGCCUAUUUGAAGGCGAUAUUAUCCUUACAAAGCAGCAAGAAAAGAUUUGGAAUCAAACAUUCAAUUACGCAAUGACAUUUUCAAAUCGAACAAUCAGAAUGGGACGAAAGAAGCGACAAGCUUAUCGCUCUGAUAACUAUUUCUGGCAAGAUGGCAUUGUGCCAUAUAGAAUUGACUCAAAACUUUCACAGCACGCCAAAGAUAUUAUAAAGAAAUCAAUUGAAAAGUGGGAAAGUAGUACAUGCAUUACUUUUAUUCCAGCUAGCAAUAAAAAAAAUGCGCUCGUUUUUGUUCGAGGGUCAAGUUGCUCCAGUUAUAUUGGCCAUAUGUCGCAAUGGACAAAGCAGCCAGUUUCGAUUGGUUAUAACUGUGAACAUAUUCAUACAAUUUCACAUGAAAUUGGCCAUGCAUUAGGUUUCUUGCACACUCACACCCGAGCGGACCGCGAUGAAUAUAUUUGGAUUAAAUUUAACAAUAUCCAAGAUGGUUUAUCGUCAAAUUUUAUGCGUUCGUCGCGUGAAGAUAAUUAUAACUAUGGACUUCCAUAUGACUAUGGUAGCGUAAUGCAUUAUAGCAAGAAAGCAUUUACAAGUAAUAGUGGUCCAACAAUUAUUCCACGGUAUUCGUGGUAUGAAGAUACGAUGGGUAGUGGUACUGGGCCAACAUUCAUUGAUAUUCUCAUGAUGAAUACACAUUAUAAAUGCUUAGUUGUUUAUGCCCAUCCGGGUACGGUGGAAGAUAUUGCGAACGGCGGGUUUGUUUUUAAUCAGCUAAUUACUGAGAUCUUUUUUGCAACUACUUUUGCUAAUGCUGAUUCAUUUGGUUGUGGUGGUAAUUUACGUGCAACAUCUGAAUGGCAAAUAUUAAAUGCAAAAAUGGGUAAAUCUGGAUUCUACAGUGAUGACAUAUCUUACUGUCACUGGUGGAUUGAGGCUGGACAACAUGAAAUUAUUGAAAUGGAAAUAACUUCACUUUCUGGUACUUGUUCAGAAGGAUGCAUUUUUGGUGGUUUAGAGAUAAAAGCUGUUGCUGAUAAGAGAUUAACCGGAUACAGAUUUUGUUGUGAACGAUCGAAUGGAAAAAUUGUGAAAGCAAAUGGUCCAAUACUUCCCGUUAUACUAUUCAAUAGAAGGGACUACACACAAGCUCUAAUUAGGUUUCGAUUGAAAAAAACAUAG